GAUGAGGAGCGGGCUCUCUUUCUUCCUCCCGGGGCUCAGUUGAUCCUGCUGCCAGGCGGUGUCGAGCAGCAGCCUCAGCGCUGGAUUCCGGGCGGGGGUGAAGCGCAGCCCCGAAGGCGCCGCGAAGGGGAGGCGGGAGAGGCGGCUAAAGAGAGCGGAGCGGGGGGAAAAUCAAAUCUAUGCUUGGAACUGGGCUUCUUUUUCGCCAAUGCAAAAGGGAAUAUGCAGCACAUUUUUGCCUUCUUCUGCACCAGUUUCCUAGGGGCGGUGUUAGGGGCCAAUUUCCCCAACAAUAUCCAGAUAGGGGGGUUAUUUCCUAAUCAACAGUCCCAGGAACAUGCGGCUUUUAGGUUUGCGUUGUCUCAGCUCACGGAACCCCCUAAACUCCUUCCCCAGAUUGACAUUGUGAACAUCAGUGACAGCUUUGAAAUGACAUACACCUUCUGCUCGCAGUUCUCCAAGGGCGUCUAUGCCAUCUUUGGGUUUUAUGAGAGGAGGACCGUCAACAUGCUCACAUCUUUCUGUGGGGCUCUCCAUGUCUGCUUCAUAACACCAAGCUUCCCUGUUGAAACGUCCAACCAGUUUGUUCUUCAGCUUCGCCCAGAGCUCCAGGAUGCCCUCAUCAAUGUCAUCGAGCACUACAGCUGGCAGAAGUUUGUGUACAUUUAUGAUGCUGACCGGGGGUUGUCAGUCCUACAGAAAGUGCUGGACACUGCAGCCGAGAAGAACUGGCAGGUGACAGCCGUCAACAUCCUGACAACAACAGAAGAAGGCUACCGCGUGCUCUUCCAGGAGCUGGAGAAGAAGAAGGAAAGGCUGGUGGUGGUGGACUGUGAAUCUGAGCGGCUGAACAUCAUCCUUGGCAAGAUUAUCCAGCUUGAAAAAAAUGGGAAUGGGUACCACUACAUUCUGGCAAAUUUGGGAUUCAUGGAUAUAGACCUGACCAAAUUCAAGGAGAGCGGAGCCAAUGUAACUGGCUUCCAGUUGGUGAAUUACACGGAUACUGUUCCUGCCAGGAUCAUGCAGCAGUGGAGGAAUAAUGAUGCCAGGGAGCAUCCCCGUGUGGACUGGAAGAGGCCAAAGUACACAUCAGCCCUAACAUAUGAUGGGGUCCGGGUGAUGGCUGAGGCGUUUCAGAACCUGCGGAGGCAGCGGAUCGACAUCUCUCGUCGAGGCAAUGCUGGGGACUGCCUUGCCAACCCGGCCGUGCCAUGGGGACAAGGCAUCGACAUCCAGAGAGCACUGCAGCAGGUCCAUUUUGAAGGAUUGUCUGGCAACGUUCAGUUCAAUGAGAAGGGACGGAGGACCAACUACACCCUCCAUGUGAUUGAGAUGAAACAUGAUGGGAUCAGAAAGAUUGGUUAUUGGAAUGAAGAUGAGAAGUUGGUUCCAACAGCCAUAGAUACUCAAAGCGGCAAUGAAUCUACAAGCCUCCAGAACAGGACUUACAUAGUCACAACUAUCCUAGAAGACCCAUAUGUGAUGCUCAAGAAGAACGCCAACCAGUUUGAAGGCAAUGAAAGGUAUGAAGGUUACUGUGUGGAGCUCGCUGCUGAGAUAGCAAAGCAUGUUGGCUACCACUACAGGCUGGAGAUUGUCAGAGAUGGGAAGUACGGAGCCCGGGACCCCGACACCAAAACAUGGAAUGGCAUGGUGGGAGAACUCGUUUAUGGGAGGGCGGAUGUGGCUGUGGCUCCAUUAACCAUCACUCUGGUUCGAGAAGAAGUUAUAGACUUUUCCAAACCGUUCAUGAGCUUAGGUAUAUCUAUCAUGAUAAAAAAACCUCAGAAGUCCAAACCAGGAGUUUUUUCCUUUCUGGAUCCUUUGGCUUAUGAGAUAUGGAUGUGCAUUGUUUUUGCCUACAUUGGAGUGAGUGUUGUUCUCUUCCUGGUGAGUCGCUUCAGCCCUUACGAGUGGCACACUGAGGAAUUCGAGGAAGGACGGGACCAGCCGGCCAAUGACCAGACAAAUGAGUUUGGGAUAUUCAACAGUCUCUGGUUCUCCCUAGGAGCUUUCAUGCAGCAAGGAUGUGAUAUUUCUCCAAGGUCUCUCUCUGGCCGCAUAGUCGGUGGCGUCUGGUGGUUCUUCACCUUGAUCAUCAUAUCCUCCUACACAGCUAACCUGGCUGCCUUCCUCACCGUGGAAAGGAUGGUUUCUCCCAUCGAGAGUGCAGAGGACUUGGCCAAGCAGACGGAAAUCGCCUAUGGGACCCUGGAAGCUGGCUCCACGAAAGAAUUUUUUAGGCGGUCCAAAAUAGCAGUGUUUGAGAAGAUGUGGACCUACAUGAAGUCAGCCGAACCCUCCGUUUUCGUGAGGACGACAGAAGAGGGGAUGAUCCGGGUGAGGAAGUCAAAAGGGAAGUAUGCCUACCUCUUGGAGUCCACGAUGAACGAGUACAUCGAGCAGCGGAAGCCCUGUGACACCAUGAAGGUGGGAGGUAACUUGGACUCCAAAGGCUAUGGCAUUGCAACGCCAAAGGGGUCUGCACUGAGAGGUCCCGUAAACCUAGCGGUUUUGAAACUCAGUGAGCAAGGCGUCUUAGACAAGCUGAAAAGCAAAUGGUGGUACGAUAAAGGGGAAUGUGGAAGCAAGGACUCCGGAAGUAAGGACAAGACAAGCGCGCUGAGUCUCAGCAAUGUGGCGGGGGUUUUCUAUAUCCUCAUCGGUGGGCUCGGACUAGCCAUGCUGGUUGCCUUAAUCGAGUUUUGUUACAAGUCCAGAAGUGAAUCAAAGCGGAUGAAGGUGGCAACCCAUUCCCCGGCCUUUCACACCUUCUCUCUGAUCCUACCCCGGCUCCAAAGCUGCCUUCAGAGACGGAUGCAGCCCAGACCACGGGUGGAAAGCCAAAACAUAGGGAUAAAGAAGUGACCGUGUCACUCAACUUGCUAGAAAGGAAUAGAAGCUUCAGAGGAAGCUAAGAGAGGGUCAAGUGGGGCAUAGCGGGGAGCUGAUGCAAGAUCAGACGUGGCAUAAUGCUAGUUCAAAAUCCAUAUACAGAGCAAAAUCAUAGCACAAACAGUAACAGGAACACAUUGCCAUUCCUUAAAAUUAACAAAAGCAGACAACGGCAAUGUUCAUGCAGCAUAGAUGAAGUGUGCUGGGGCUGGUGUGAUACAGCUGUUACUGCAAGAUGAAAAAAUCCCCAAACCCAAGCAGUUAACAGCAAGAUAAAACUGGGGGAGCUCGGUAAUGAAUCAGAUCCUGGUGUUCCCUUUGCUGGCACCCUGCUGGCACCGUUUGCAGGUUGGCAACAGUGAUAUAUGCUCAGAGCGUUGAUGCCCUGGAACGGAUGAUGUGGGUUUCCAAAAUCGCCAUUACAGGUCCUCUUAGAAAUUGGCCUCUAAUGUCUCCUGUAAUGUGCUGGGGUUUUUUCACGACCCUGUCAUGGUCUUGCAGAAGCGUACUUCCUAUGACCCAGGAGAUUCGUUUCUUCUCUUAAUUCUAGUGUGCCUGAAUUUCAGAGUGUCAAGAGUGGAUUAGAUUUGAGAGCCUUGGGGAUGCACAUUUAAUGCAGCAUCAGUGGAACAAGUACAUGUUAACUCAGAUGACUAGCAGAAGCGAUCCCUUAUACAGAUACCAUUGUGCACAAGAGUGCAAAGGGAUCUGUGCUGUAAGAGUAACACAUUCCUUUUCUUCCUCAUAUUGACCUCUCCCGUGAACAUGGAAGUCAGUUCGAGCCUAUUAGUCUGCAGUGAGUUUCAUAACAUUUAGAGAGAUUUUCACUUCUCUGAGCACUGAUACUUACCCGGAAUCAAAUAGAAAAUAAGCAGUCAUUUCUUUGGGUUUAUGUCACCAUUUCGCUACAUGCUUAAUGUUUUGUCAGCAAUAAUAACAUUUCUAAUUCACUGCAAAUGUGCAACAGCUCUUUUCCCAUUGAGGUUCAGGAAAUUCUACAGGCAAGGAGAGGUACAUUGAGCACAGGGAUAAGAUAAUGUGAGCAAUUAAUGUCCCAAAUAUACAAGAAUUAAAUUAUAAUUGCUGUCUACACUGUUAAGCUAGGUAUGUCAUAAAUACACUGUGAAAGAGUGUCAGAAUGCAAUAGCUCCACAGUUUUAGUCUUAAGCAGAUUCUGCCCUGCUCUUGGCUUCCCUGUGUUGCUUGAAAUGAUCCACUGAUUCACGUCAGUGUUAGCUUGCAGUGCUCUUGCCAUGUUAAAACCAGCCACUAUGGGAAGGAAUUUUUGCUCCCAAUGUUAACAUCAGACCUAAGCUUGUCCCUCUGGCUGACUCCUGCCAUCAGUGGCUGCCCUACAAAGCCAUUCAGCAGAGCCAGGUGAGCGCCCAGGAGGAUGGGCCAGACCCUCUAAAUCCAACCUCUCAGCAAGUCCCUACUGACACUGGGGUGUGCUGCGUAUCCUGCCAGCACUGGAGGCUACUUCAUGCCUGGCAAGGCACGAAGUUGGCUGUUUCUGAAUAGCUGUUGCAGAUUUAUCUGUUCUGGAUAAUUCUUCACCUGCAUAUCCCAGUCCAGAAAAGAUGAUGGUGUCCUUAGAGAUAGUUUAAAUGCAAAGAAACCACAUUGACUUCAUCUUUUAGUUUAAUUAUUCUAAACAGGUGGUUUCCUUAGAUCUCUGAAAGCAAACAUUUUGGACAGUAUCUGGAACAGGAAGAUGAGAUUUGGUUUCCUGAGUUAGGUUUGCACUUCCUGGUAACCUCAGUAGCCACUGCAGACAAAAAACAUAGGCACAUGCUCAACUUCUCACAUGAGGAAAGUUAAACAUAUGCUUGCAGUGAGUCAGAGUCCACCACACGUAACAGUACUGGAGUAGUAAUAGCGUAUCUAUGGGGGAAGUGUGUGUAAUGCCUCUACUCAGAUCCAGGAUGGCUGUUCUUUCUUACGUUGUAGUGUUUGAAUAGUUUUUGCAUAUGGCACAUAUGCUCUAUGCCCCAAAAUACAGCUGAAGCAUUUAAUUGUGAAUGUAGAAGAGAUGUGAAUUAACAGAGCAGGUACAGCAGAGACAUGCAGAAAGUUAAGAGUCUGAAUGGAGACAAGGAGGGAGAGAACAGUGAGAGAAAGACAACACUGGUUUAUAUUGCAACUUCUCCAACAUUGCUAAGGACAGGGGGAGACCCCCCCGUCCUUCCUAAAAAGGGUUUUUGUUUAAUCCCACAGCAAUCAAUCAAUGAAGCCAUACGGACAUCAACCCUUCCCAGGCCGGCUGCAGCAGGAGGCAGUGGAGAAAACGGACGUGUGGUCAGCCACGAUUUCCCCAAAUCCAUGCAGACGAUCCCAUGCAUGAGCCACAGCACCGGCAUGUCCCUGGGAGCUACAGGAUUAUAAUUGGCCUUUUGACCCAUUGCCUGGGUGAGAGCAGGGGCAGCCCAACUCCACCCCCUCCAGAGCCAAAAACAAACCCAACACCAACAAGACAAACGACGAUGACAGAAGGGACAAUUGGAUGGAUCAUCUCAAGGAAAUCAAUUCUAUUUCCCUUUUUAUUUGCUAACAGAUCCACGGGCAGGAGAACAGAAAUAGGUCUGUACUGCAAUAAGGAGAGUAUAAUGGGAUUUAACAGACUCGUGAACCAUCCCUGAUCAAAGAACCACUGGAACACUAAUGAGGACUAUGCCAUUUUGUUUUAACUUGGUUGUUAAUAAGUCUUAGUGUGUGCAAUAUAUAUAUUUUUUCUUACUAAUUCCUGUGGUGUCAGGGUAACAUCAGCCCUUUCCCCUUUCCCUGCUCAGUCCUUCAAUCUGGUUUAGUUUGGGAUGCAAACCAUAAUGUCUGAGCUACUAACAGCAAAAAAGAGAAUCCUAUAAAUGGCAAGUUGAACUCCCUACUGGGCAUCAGCGUUGACCCCUUUUGUCCAUCGUGAUUCUGCCUUCUGUUGUUCUGUUGUGAACUUGGGCUGUGGAGUUACUGCAACGAGGCAGACAGAGCUGCGAAUGGCUCUCCCUGCGACAGGAAGAACUUUACGUGAGAAAAACCCUGAACAAAGACACAAGGCUGUUUUACAGGGGCAAAGUGAUGAGUGAGUUUGGAAACCCCAGGUAACCUGAGGACAAAGUGAUUAUUCUUCCAGGGAUAAUAAGUGGUGGUUCAAGAGAAGAAUCAUGUGCCUGGAGUGAAGAGCGUCGUGCGUGGCAGACUAGAGCAGAUGGUUGGUCGAAGAUCAUGGUCAGCUGCAGUUUAUGGAAGAGAGAAAGUAAAUGCCGCAUUCCCCUCACAUGCGACUCUCCUGCCUAGGUUAUUGGGGGCUAAUAAGCAAUUGUGAACCAUUUCUUCAUUGCUUAGCUUCUGUGUGUGCUCCCUUUUUGGUGGUCACAUAAGGGAACCACCUUGAGCCGGGACUAGACCAUCUCAAGACAUCCAGUUCUAGAUGGCUGCGUAUUAACCAGUAAAACAUGCUAGAAGUCAUGGGUCUGCAAUGAGAAUAUCCCUGCCUUUUUGCUCUGAAAUCCCUUUUUGGCCAUCUUUCUAAUGAAGAGGGACAUUUUGUAGAUAGUCAGCUCCUGGAAGGAACUGCUGAAGCAAACCAAGGAGGAGACCCUACAAGAGCUUCAUUCAAGCAUCCAUGACAUUCGACAGCAUCAGAGCUGGUCAAACUCAGCCUUCCUGUCAAGUUGUGGCCUGUCUGGGUAAAAAGCCAAAAGUAGCAGAUUCCCACUCAUGUAUCCUUAGAGAGGGGGAAGCAUCCACACGUCAGGAGAGCAGUUUACUGACCCCAAACUUGGUAUUGCAGAAAUCAAUAGUCCAGCCACAGGUGUGGAGAUGAAAGGGGCAAGGAUGAUUUUCCAGAACCAUACAAAAGGUUCAUUCUGUGAACCACUGGCAUGGACAGAUAAAUGCUUCCCACUGGUAGACCUCUGACACCUCCCCGGAGCGAGGGAUUCGCAGGGAAGCAUCUGGAGAGAGAGAUCUGUGGGGCAGGGACCACAGUGAACCCACUUAGCCUUGCCACGUCUCACUGAUGGCAAAUGAAGUUCAAAGCUUUUCACAGGACUCAGUAAAUACCUGUCUGGGGACUGAGCUGCUAUUGGAGUGUUCUGAGAUGCUUUUUCUCUUCUUUUUUUCUUUUUUCUUUUUUUCUUCUUUUUUCUUCAACGUAGCAAGAGAGGAGCAGGAAAAGAAGAGAGGCAGAUGAAGAGAAAGUGAUGCAGACAAAUGACUGGCACAGGUCUAUGAGGAGGAUCUGUCUAUACAGCUGUCUGUAAGUACAGCUGGAAGCUGCCUGAAUACGUUUCCACUAGUGUAUGAAUGCGCAGAGCAAUACGUUUACCACCUUUAACACCAGCCUGGUCUGAAGUAUCUGUUCCACUUAUCCACUUGUCACGCAACACUUUGGAGACCAGCAAGUCAGAGUCAAGGUCCUAAGCUCGGGCACAGCAUGUCUUGUGCCAAUCUUUUCCUCUCUCCACAACUGGAAACCAUUGUGAACUCUCAUCACCGAACAUGAACUCUGUUUUCAGACCACUCCAAACACCUCUUCAGGUCACACUGUGGUGGUUAGCAUUGUUUUUAAUCCACUUCUCUUAAUUUUAACUUCAGUUCUGUGUAAGUGCUAGCACAGUGGGGCAUCCCACAAGCUAGCCUGUUUCCAUGCCCAGAGCUCUUGGAUACAUCUCUUUACUCAGCUCUUGCCGCAUCCUGGACCUUGUCACAGCAAUGCACCACUGGGAACUGUGGUGGGAUCCAGCUCCAAGACCCAUGAUUGCCCUGUCCUCCUCCAAAGACAGGACCACGUGGCAGCAGGUCAUGGGGAGCCCGGCCGGGCAGUUAAGACUGUCUUGUGAGAAGCAGCACAUCUGUGCUAGGACUGGCCGCCUGUGACAUGAAGAUGUGAGAUGCAGUUGUCAAAGGCUUUUGAUCAAUGGAGGGGUUAAAAAAACAAACAAGCAAACAAAAAAAAGAUGAAUAGGACAAAAGCGUGGAAAAUGUUAACUUGUAAUAUGUAUUUUUACUACACUUUUCUUAAAAAUAGAGUAAUGGUAAAACUCUUGAAGACAUUGACAUUUUUUCUCAACAGGAAUCCAUAUUUAACAGUUUUGGCUUUCAUUAAAUUUUGCUCUUUGGUACCUGGA